AUGUGUCUGACUGUCCUGUCUUCCUGUCUGUACGUCUGGGCUGAAGACCAGAUCAUCUUCGACCACCAUGCUGUCUACUGGAACAGCACGAACCCCAGGUUCCACCAUGACUACAGGGUUGCGGUCAGUAUAAAUGACUACCUCGACAUCUACUGUCCAUUCUACACCAAUGGCCCUCCGGCUCACGGUCGAAUGGAACGCUAUAUCCUGUUCAUGGUCAACCACGAGGGGUACACUUCCUGUCAACACAGGAUGAGGGGGUUCAAACGCUGGGAGUGCAACCGUCCUACCGGUUCUGAUGGUCCCCUGCGCUUCUCAGAAAAGUUCCAGCUGUUUACGCCUUUCUCCCUGGGCUUCGAGUUCAGGCCAGGACAUGAAUACUACUAUAUCUCGUCUCCUCAUCCCAACCAUGUAGGGAGGCCGUGUCUGAGGCUGAAGGUGUAUGUCAGACCCCCAGGCAGUUCAGGGUUUGACUCUCCAGAGCCCUUUCUGACUGAUGGAGCUGCUGCAGACUGGAGCCCAGAGUCCCUGCUAGCCCCAGCCCUAAUACCCAGCCUGGCCUCACUGCUACUGGGCUUCCUCUCAUCGCUGUGA